UCGGCAGCUGAAGUGCGAAUUGGCGCCAUAUUUCCAACAAGGACAAUUUGACCAUACGACAGAAAAGCUCCUGGCUGCAUUGAACAAUAAUAAAGUACCCGUAAAGUUAUUUUAUAUUUUUCUGUUUUAAUACAACCUUAGGAAUAUAUUGUAAAAUGUUUAUUACGGACAUAAGAAAGGAAUUCUACGACGUUGUUGUCAACCAGAGAGUUGCCCUCCUGGUGUCAUCUGAUAUCGAUGCACUCUGCGCCUGUAAGAUAUUACAGGCACUGUUUCACUGUGACCAGGUCCAGUACACCUUGGUGCCAGUGACAGGUUGGCAAGACCUUGGUACCGCCUUCUUAGAGCACAAGGAGCAGUUCCGCUGUUUUGUCCUGAUCAACUGUGGGGCCAAUGUUGAUCUCCUGGAGACCCUUCAGCCAGAGGAAGAUUCCAUCUUCUUCAUCUGUGACACACACAGACCUGUGGAUGUAGUUAAUGUCUACAAUGACACCCAGGUGAAGCUGAUGAUCAAGCAGGAUGAUGACCUUGGAGUGCCCUCCUAUGAUGACAUCUUCCGCGAUGAAGAGGAAGAAGGUGGCGAUGACUCUGGGAAUGAGAGUGACGGAGGCUCUGAGCCUUCUGGGAAACGGAGGCGAUACGAUGAGGGGGAAGUGGAGAAGAGGAUUGAGCGACAGAGAGCAACGAGAGAGUGGGAGGCAAGGAGACGUGAGAUCCUGUUUGACUAUGAGCAAUAUGAAUACCAUGGGACUUCGGCUGCAAUGGUGAUAUUUGAGCUGGCAUGGGUCCUGACUAAGGACACUAAAGAUAUGCUGUGGUGGGCCAUCAUUGGGCUGACUGACCAGUGGGUUCAUGAUAAAAUCACUCAUAUGAAGUAUGUAACAGACAUCGCUACUCUGCAGCGCCACGUCUCGCGUCACAACCACCGGAACGAGGAUGAGGAUAAUUCUCUCUCUAUCGACUGCAUGAGGAUCUCCUUUGAGUACGAUCUGCGUCUGGCCCUGUACCAGCACUGGUCUCUGUUUGAGAGUAUCUGUAACUCCUCUUACACCUCCUGCAACUUUAAGCUCUGGUCAAUGCAUGGCCAGAAGAAACUCCAGGAGUUCCUCGCUGACAUGGGCCUGCCCCUGAAGCAGGUGAAGCAGAAGUUCAACUCCAUGGACAUGUCAGUCAAAGAAAACCUGCGAGAAGUUAUAGAAGAAUCCUCCAACAAAUACGGUAUGAAGGACAUCCGUAUCCAAACUUUCGGCGUUCACUUUGGCUUCAAGAACCAUUUCCUGGCCAGUGAUGUCGUGCACGCUACUGCCGCCCUGCUGGAGAGCACUGAGAAGGACGACAGCCCCGGCGACAACUUUAUCAAGGCCCUCGACUGCCUCUCCAGGAGUAACCUGGAGCGUCUCCAUGGUGGCAUUGAUUUGGCUAAGAAGAAGUUGAUGGCCAUCCAACAGACUGUAGCCAGUUGCAUCUGCACCAACCUCAUACUGUCACAGGGACCCUUCCUCUACUGCUACCUCUUGGAGGGAACUCCUGAUGUGAAGCUGUUCUCCAAGCCCAUGGCCUUGACCCUGCUCUGCAAGUACCUGCUCAAAGCCUUUGUCCGCUCUACGAGGAAUAAACGAUGUAAGCUGCUGCCCUUGAUCAUAGCUGCUCCCAUGGAUGUGGAGAAGAGAACUGUCAUCGUUCUAGGCAUCCCACCUGAGUCUGAGACAUCCGACAAGAAGAAUUUCUUUGGCCGUGCGUUUGAGAAAGCAGCAGAGAGCACCAGCUCCAGAACUCUCCACGACCACUUCGACACCUCUAUCAUUGAGCUAAAGAUGGAGGACAGGACUAAGUUUCUGGAUGCCCUCAUCACCCUGCUGUCCUAAGGAGUGAGCUAACUAAGACACAUGUAUGGAUAAAGUUCCUGAAAUUGAUAUGUGAAGUCUGUAGAUGCUGGAAGAGACUGUAUGACAUUACAAUGAGGUUCAUGCCCAAUGUGAUGGAGAAAUCGCUAUUUUGUGCUUCACCUGUUUUGGCCAAUGAAGAGUAUUUUCCAAUGUUUUGUAUUUUAAUUUCAGGAUACUUUGUGAUGCCUAUAUGUAUAGUGUACUGUUUUUCUACGUGUAUUGUGAGGGUUUGUGUUUUUAAUCUCAUGUAAAUACAUUUUAUACAUUCAUGUAACACUUUUAUUAAAUGAUAUUUUAUUGAUGUAUAA